AUGUCUUCUUCUUAUCAUAUUUCUUUCUUUUUCGAAUCAUUCCUUUCAAUUAUGGCAGCCGUCGGUUCAGAUAUUCGACCGGAAAUUGCCCGAUUACCAGUUCAAGCUGUAACAUCAGAGAAUUCUUAUGAACCACCUGAUAAUUUUCUGGAAAUUGAAGUUGUUAAUCCCAUUACACACGGACUAGGUGGAAAUCGCUACACCGAUUAUGAAGUUCGAACGCGAACAAAACUGCCUGUAUUUCGUUUGAAAGACUCGUCGGUUCGUCGUCGUUAUUCGGAUUUCGAAUGGUUACGUAAAGAACUCGAGCGAGAUAGUAAAAUCGUUGUACCAAACUUACCGGGCAAAGCAUGGCAACGACAAAUACCUGCAUUUCUUCGAAACAACGAUGGCCUAUUCGAUGAUGAUUUUAUCGAAGAUCGACGAAAAGGUUUAGAAGAAUUUAUCAUCAAAGUGGCUGGUCAUCCUUUAGCGCAAAACGAACGUUCACUUCACGUAUUUUUACAAGAGGAAAAGAUUGAUCAUGAUAGAUACGCUCCUGGCAAAUAUUAUAUUUAUCAAUUGAGAAUAAAAUAG